GUGAAACGAGUAGUUCUGUUGAGUUCCUGUGGCCUGAAAGAUGUGGAAGUAAAUUACCGCUCUUGCUUACCGGUUGGACGGAUGCAUUUAGCUCUUAUUUGGACCAGUGGGAGCAUAUACGAACCAAAAACUCGAGGACAAAAACAACGGGACAAUAGUAGCAAGAUUUUAUAAUCCAAGUAUCCGUCCAAAAAUCUAUAAUUGCAUGACAGCGAAGAAACAGUGCCAGCUACUGCUAAACAACGGAUCUAUGGCCUACUCGGUGUAUCGCCUAUUCGGACUGUAACUUGUUUCAAUCAGAAUGUCACUUUCCCAUUCCAUGCUAAUCGCAGUUCGCAAAUCAGCUGCAUGCCUGGAAGAUGUCCUUCAGUCCUGGUAUGUUUCCUAUGAACAGUUCUUGAUUGCUCCAUUAUCUUUUGCUGAUUUUGAUUUGCGCAUCGUCGUUACUACAAUGUUGAUUCGUGCGGUUUCAUCGUAGUACCCCAGCCGUUGGCCGUUAGGCAAGAACGCCAUGGCCAUGGGCCCCCAAUGGUGACAUCCCAGCUAUCGUUGCCACCAAGCUACCACUACUUAACCACACGUCCCCAUCACCCGGUCGGCCUAGUACACAAACACAAGAACACAGGCGCACAAACGGGCACACAGUCGCACGCUGAGCAGUGAGCUCCCCCAUCCCCACAUGUCAAGCAGAGCACGGCGCGCACCCUCCGGACACCAGCAAUCCCAGGAACCGGCAGUGGCGGCGGCUGCGACGCCACGGCCGCGAUGAUGCCGCCCUUGGCGCUCGUGCUCCUGGCCCUCGCGGCCGCGGUGGCGCCGGGCGCGCGGGCGCAGAUAUCGGCCGCGCCCCUGGGCGCCCCGGCGCGGUCGCUGGACUGCGCGGGCGCGCUGCGGAGCCUGACGCCGUGCCUGACGUACGUGGAGCGCCGCAGCGCGCUGACGCGGCCCGACAAGGGCUGCUGCGGGGCGCUCGCGGCCGUCGUGGGCGGCGGCGACGCCGCGUGCCUGUGCGGGCUCCUCGCGGGCCACGGCGCGCGCGGCGUCCGCGUGGACCCCGUGCGCGCGCUGGCGCUGCCCACCAUCUGCCGCGUCGACGCGCCGCCGCCGAGGCUCUGCGCCGCGCUCGGGAUGCCCGUCGCCGAGCCGCCGGGCGGGGCCGCCGCGCCGAUGGAGUCAGGGUCCGACGUGCCGACGACCACCCCGGCGGCGGCGGGGGCCGCGAGCGGCGGCCCGGCGACGCACCGACUGCUGUUCCUGGCGGCUCUCCCGCUCCCACAGUGCUGUCUCCUCGCCAUCCUCUCCACGCUGCUGCUGCUGCUGUAACUCCCCUGCAGGUCCGUACGUACGAAUACACCGCUCGCGCCGCGUCUGUACAGGUGUAUAAAUGUACGCACGCGUCUUAGCCACCGAUGGAAUCAAUUCGGCGCCCCGUCCGUCCAUUCAACCAUCGGCAUCGCAUUGUUGUGAGAUGCGAAGACGCCUUUCGCCGAAAGCCCCAGGUCCGAUGGAUGGCAACGUCCCGUCCGACCCCCAGGCCGCGAACGCGCAGGGCGUCUCCGCGCCUGACGUGCGGCGGGCGGCGUGCCGACCCGUGAGAGCGCUCGAAGCCGGCGGUCUCGUUUCCGCGACGCGUGACGGCGUGUGAGCCGGCGGGCAGCGCGUGACGGCUUCGUGACCCUCUGUCCUUUGGGUGGUGGCGGGGUCAUCACGCGAGUGGGUUAGCUUCGUGCAGUAGCCCAGACAGCAUGCUUCGCCAUGCCGGUGGCAGUUGCCGAAGGCAGAGAGCGAGCGGGUGCCUCAUGCGUGCCGGCAAUACGGGGCUGGUGGUAGCGUCGCGUGAGCGUGAGCAUGACCUGGUUCAUGGCCGCGGCUGGCCGGGGCGGCUCAGCCGGUGGGGCUCGCCGGCGGGUGGGUUAUCGCUGUCGAGGUUGGGGGCUAAUGAGCUGGCUAAGGGUCAGUUUGGCAGAGCUCUCACAGCUGAUUCUUUGCUGAAUCCAGCAAGAGCUCUGCCAAAUAAUUUUUUAGAGAGAAGCGAUUCUCUGCUGAUUCUGUGGAGUGAUUCUCUGAAAUGAACUAAUAG